AUGGUGUUGAUGCCGAUGAAGUUCACCUUCCAGAAGAGGGUGAAGCUAGCCCAGAGCCUAUGGCUGCUCUCCUGGGCAGCCACGAUGGCAGGAUCGAUCACCUUCUUCCUGGGCUGUUUCCUCAAAAUUGAAUUACGCAAAAGGGCUGAGGUAAUGGAAACCACAACCAUUUACAUCGUACCUCACACCCUUAUGGUGGUGGGCCUUGGCGGUCUGGGUGUAAACUACUUCGCCGGGCGAAUCUGUCAGGAUGCCCUGGACCCGAGUCGUUUCCCGGCGUGGAAGACCUUCCUGAAGCCCUACUACGGUGUUUCCCUCUUCGUCGCCGCUCUCAUGUUCGUGGCGAUGCUCUUGAGUUUCAUCAUGAAGGGCUCGCUGGAGUCGUCCCUGAAGGUCGGCCUUAGGAACGGCAUCCGAUUCUACAAGGACACGGAUACACCUGGCCGCUGUUUCCAGAAGCAGACAAUCGACCACCUACAAAUGGAUUUCGAAUGCUGUGGCAACGACGACUACAGGGAUUGGUUCGAGGUGCAGUGGAUCAGUAAUCGUUACCUGGACUUCAGCACCAAGGAUGUCAAAGACCGCAUCAAAAGCAACGUGGAUGGACGUUACCUGAUCGACGGAGUGCCCUUCAGCUGCUGCAACCCCAGCUCCCCUCGACCGUGCAUCCACUCCCAAUUGACCAACAACACUGCCCACUACAACUACGAGUACCAGACGGAGGAGCUCAACAUCUACCUCCGUGGGUGCAGGGAGGCCCUGGUGGGCUACUACGGGGGCCUGAUGAACACCAUCGGAGCAGUUGUGCUCUCUGUCCUUCUGGUUCAGGGCUCAGUCCUGGCCAGUCUCAGGUUCCUGCAGACAUCCUUGGACGCCCUGGAGGGUGAGGAGAACGCAGAGGCCGAAUCAGAGGGGUACCUCCUGGAGAAGAGCGUGAAGGAGACAGUGAUGGAGGUUUUGGAGCCUGUGCUCAAAUUCCUUCCCAUGAACCAGGUGUCUGAUGGUGAUGGUGAAGAAGGGUCUACGCCUGCCUGA